AUGAUGUUCCAAACCCAAGUCCUCGAUCCAAACCCCAGCCCUCCCUCCAAACCCCAGCCCUCGAUCCAAAUCCCAGCCCACAGUCCAAACCCCAGCCCUCGAUCCAAACCCCAGUCCUCGAUCCAAACCCCAGCCCUCCCUCCAAACCCCAGCCCUCCUUCCAAACCCCAGCCCUCGAUCCAAAUCCCAGCCCACAGUCCAAACCCCAGCCCUCGAUCCAAACCCCAGCCCUCGAUCCAAACCCCAGCCCUCCCUCCAAACCCCAGCCCUCGAUCCAAACCCCAGCCCACACUCCAAACCCCAGCCCUCCCUCCAAACCCCAGCCCUCCUUCCAAACCCCAGCCCUCUAUCCAAACCCCAGCCCACACUCCAAACCCCAGUCCUCGAUCCAAACCCCAGCCCCCCCUGAAACCCCAGCCUCCUUCCAAACCCCAGCCCUCUGUCCAAACCUCAGCCCACACUCCAAACCCCAGCCCUCGAUCCAACCCCAGCCCUCCCUCCAAACCCCAUCCCUUGAUCCAAACCCCAGCCCACACUCCAAACCCCAGCCCACACUCCAAACCCCAGCCAACGAUCCAAACCUCAGCCCUCGAUCCAAACCCCAGCCCUCCCUCCAAAUCCUAG